AUGCGGGGUGUUACAAGUGUGUUGGGGAUGUCAAAUGAACUGUCAAAGGCAUUACAAAGGAAAGAUCAAGAUAUUAUGAAUGCAACGCAAUUGGUGAGAUUGUGCAAACGACGACUCCAAAUAAUGAGAGACGAAGGGUGGGAAUUCUUUUUGGAAGAAGUAUGUUCUUUUCGUCAACAACAUUACAUUCAUGUAUCCAACAUGGAUGAUAUGUUUGUACGCCUUGCACUUCGUGGUCGCUCUCAGCAAUUGAAUAAUCGUUUCUCGGAGGUAAAUACAGAGUUACUCCUUUGUGUAGCUUGUUUAUGCCCACAAGAUUCAUUUUCUUCUUUUGAUAAGAAAAGCUUGAUUAGACUUGCUGAGUUUUAUCCAUUAGAUUUCUCUGUAGUAAAUGUCAUUGUACUUAGCGAUCAACUUGAGACUUAUAUUUUUCAUAUGCACUCUAACAAAGAGUUUGAGGGGUUGAAUGACCUUGGUGAUCUUGCGGAGAAGUUAGUUCUGACAAAGAAAAAUAAGGCAUAUCCAUUGAUUUACAGACUUUUGACUUUAGCAUUGAUUUUACCGAUUGCUACCGCUAUUGUAGAGAGAGUCUUUUCUGCAAUGAGCAUCGUAAAGAAUAAAUUGCGCAAUCGGAUAGCAAUAAUUUCAGCUUCCAAUUCGUUUGACACGGCCAAGUCAUCUCCUUACUCACUCGUAACUUGUACUUCACCCACUUGCACAACUCGAACUCAAGACUUCUCCAUAGUCGCUUCCUGUGAUUCUAAUAGUCUUUGCCAUACUAUCCUCUCAUAUGCUGACUCUUCAUUGGCCGAUAGAAAUCUUGCUUUGGAUAUUUAUAUAGAUGCAUGGAUUUGA